AUGGCUACUCUUCUCAAGAAGCCGUUGAAACUUGCGCUGGUGCAAUUAGCCUCAGGCGCGGACAAGGCCCUCAACCUCUCACAUGCACGCAACAAGGUCCUUGAAGCAGCAAAGGCUGGCGCGUCUCUUAUCGUCCUACCGGAAUGCUUCAACUCUCCCUACGGCACCCAGUACUUCCCCAAGUACGCUGAGGCGCUUCUCCCUUCCCCACCCUCAAAGGAGCAAUCUCCUUCCUUCCACACCCUAUCCACCCUAGCCUCCGAAGCAAAGGCCUAUAUAAUCGGCGGCAGCAUUCCCGAAUUCGUCCCAGAAAGCAAUAAAUAUUACAACACCUCCCUCGUCUUCUCCCCAACAGGCGCUCUGAUUGCCACCCACCGCAAAACACAUCUGUUCGACAUCGACAUCCCAGGAAAAAUCACUUUCAAGGAGAGUGAAGUACUGACGGCGGGGAAUAAGAUUACCGUCGUUGAUUUGCCGGAGUAUGGGAAGGUUGGUCUGGCUAUAUGCUAUGACGUGCGCUUCCCGGAGUCAGCGAUGAUUGCGGCGCGCAAGGGCGCCUUCCUACUGGUAUACCCUGGCGCGUUCAACCUGACCACAGGCCCUUUGCACUGGUCACUGCUUGGACGGGCGCGGGCGAUGGAUAAUCAAGUCUACGUUGGUCUGUGCAGUCCAGCUAGGGAUAUGAACGCCACUUACCAUGCAUGGGGCCAUAGCUUGGUUGCGAAUCCCCGGGCAGAAGUUUUGGCGGAGGCUGGGGAGGGCGAGGAGAUUGUAUAUGCCGAUCUAGAGCCCAAGGUGAUUGAGGAGAUUAGGAAGGGAAUUCCGAUUUAUGAGCAGCGACGGUUUGACGUGUAUCCUGAUGUUAGUCAAGGGAAUAUCAAGUUCGAGGAAUGA